CGUCAUACAGUUAUGAUGUGUUCAGCCUUCCUGUGACGUCACGUCAUUGUCUCGCUGCUUGGCCGGAGAAGGAGGUGUCUAAGCAAACCUACAGCUCAAGAUGAUUCAACAGCCACUAUCAACAGACAAGCCGUCCACGUUUCAGUACAUCAAAUGGCUGUUGACCUGCGGGAUGACUUCAUACCAGCAGAACUCGGCCACCCACGAAGAAAGUCAGGCAUUCAGGGAUGAAGAUGAAAUGGACGAGCUGGCCGCUGUAGCAGUGGACACUGACACGGGCAUGGUUGAAGUGUCGCUGUCCGAUUCCCCUUCCCCCUCCGCCCCCGUCUCCACAGCCAGUGAUGGCGAGCAUGAUCUCUUCAGCCUCAUCUUGGCCACGAAGAGCAAGCGAGGCGAAAACUGAAUGUAGCCACGUUGAAGAGAUUUCAACGGGAGAUGCCCACGUGUGUUCUGUGCUGUACAUAGAUGGCUUGCCUUUUGAAAUACAUCGGUUUUAACACUA